AUGAAUGGAGUCACAUUUGAUAUGGGUAGUCGAGCAACUGAUUCUUCUAAAGGAACCUCACCUCUCUCCCCGGUGGACAUAGUGACAGCAUUGGAAAAAACUUCGAUAACCAUCACAUCAUCGUCGUUUCUUAAUCACUUUGGACAGAGAAGUGGUAUGAUCAAUAUAACGGGCUUUAAGAAAUCGAAGAAAGGUUACGCUUCGCCGAUAAACAUAUACUUUUCCAACGUAUCAUUUGUGAACAACAAAGCGUUGCGUGGUGUUGGUGGCGCUGCCUCGUUUAAUCUUACAAAUAAACUUACGAAAACGAUCAAGCAUAGUAUCAAAUUUCAAGGGUGUUCUUUCACCGGUAAUGCAGCUUCGAGUGGUGGCGCUGUUUGGUUUUCAGAUUGGGGGAAGAAAUCUGUGCUAUUUCUCGACUGCACCUUCAAAGACAACAAAGCACAAGACAAAGUUAUGGAGACUGGUAGUGGAGGGGCAUUAUUUGCUCUAGGUGGCAAAUUCGCCAUCACAAAGUGCAAAUUUAUUGGCAAUACGGCUGCAAAAUCUGGAGGAACGUUAUACCUUUCUAACAGAAAUGUGACAUCCAUUCGAGUAACGGAUUCAGCUUUUCAGAAUGCGCGCCGUUCUUGGAGUAGCAUUAAAGGCAAUGUGAUGUAUCUUAACGAUGUCCAGACCACUUUUAGGGACCGUGUGAUAUUCGACUUAAGUUCUGCGAAUUCUGGGAAACCAAUCCUUCUUUACGAAGGCAGGCCAAGCACGUUGCGCAUGGACAAUACGAGUAAUUUUAUCUGCCCACAAGGAUACAAUUAUGACGAAUUGAAAUAUACGCUGGCAACGAAACGAACCAAGCCAGAUUACAUUCCAUCGUAUCAUGUAUUUGCAUUCUCAUGUAAGCCGUGUUCAGAUUUGUUCUACAGCACUUCGCGUGGUUCGUGGUUGGCGAACGGUACAGCAACGUGCGGGAAAUGUCGUGCUUGCCCGUACGGUGCCUCGUGUAACGGGACAAUCCGCGCAAGGGCAAAUUUCUGGGGAGUGACGCGAAGAGAUAAAAUCGAGAUGAUCCCGUGCCCGAAAGGUUAUUGCUGCGAUCGAGAACCAUGUGAAAGCUACGAUUCCUGUCGUGGGCACAGGACUGGAAGGUUGUGUGGAUAUUGUUCGGAGGGAUUCACGGAGGGAUUGAGUUCAGCACAAUGUUUUCCGAAUGAGAGAUGUAACGGUGCUUCGUGGAUGUGGCCAAUGUUCAACGUAAUUGUAAUUUUCGUCAUUUUUUGUUAUCAUCAAGAGAUCAUAAAGAGAUUGGUAAAAUGGUCACUCUGGAAUGUCCAAGAUGAUGAACAUGAAGAUUUCGAAUCUGUCGAAUACAGAAAAGGGGAAUGGAACCAAAACCAAAUGGAUACUGAAUCACCUGACAGUUUUCAAUUAGACAACCUCGAAAAUUUAUCACACGAAAGUGCAGCCCAGCUAAACUACAAACGUCUCGAAGAAAGCACAGAUUACAACAACAGUGGCGGUUAUAUAAAAGUUUUCUUCUACUUCUACCAGACAGUUCUUCUUAUCCGUCUUUCUUCUUACGUCUCCAGCUCUUCCUUUCCAAAUUCAAUGCUCGAGUUUUUUACACCUUUGCUCAACUUUCAGUUUACCAACGUUUGGAAGUGCGCCAGCGAAGACUUAAGGCCGGUUAAAAAGGUUUUCGUGAAAAACAGCGUUGCCUUUUGGGUGAUGGGGCUUUCGUUGUUAACAUAUUGCUUCUACAGGUUUGUGAAGUGUCGCACAAAAGGCUACAGCAAUGAUGCGUUAAGCUUUGAUUCCAAGUCGCUCCCCGUACGACUGAUAGGUACGGUUAUGCAUGUACUACUUCUUUCCUAUGUUUCCCAAACACAAUUCGCUGUGCAACUCUUGAAUUGUGUCACUGUCGGUGAUAAAAGUGUUCUUUACAUUGAUGGUUCGGUUCAGUGCUACCAACCGUUGCAGGCUGCUGUAUGGCUGUACUUUCUGUUACUAAUUUCGUGGAAAGAGUUCAUGCUGUCUUGUUUCUUUCCUUUCUUCUUCCUUUGUUACUGGUUUUAUCGAUACCUGAAACAUCGCAGUGCUGAUAAAUUCUGGCGCAAAAUUCCGGAGACGGCGGAUAACCCCUUCAAAGAAAAUGUAAUAUACAUCUUAAGGUAUCCUUACAGAUCCCGCAAGUUUCCAAACGCCACGAUGGCCGAACAUUGCAGCGAAAAUUGGGAAGCCUUCUCGAUUUUCCGCCGUUUCGUGCUUGUCGUCACCUUUAUCUUUGUGAAAUCGUUUCUCCUUCGUGCCUACUUGUUCUUUAUACUGUCUGUUGUCUUUCUGCUCGCCCACGUGUUCGUUCAGCCGUUCAAGAACGACAUGGUGAACAAGCUUGACACUAUAUCGUUGGCUGUGAUCGUGUUGAUUUCGGGUCUCAGCAUCUCAGAAGCGACGUACAACAACUCGGGACAACUUGUCCCGCACAGUAUCAAGGAGGUGCAAGAUCUCCAAGAUUGGUUUCUGGCAUUGAUACCGUUUGCGUUGCUCGUUAUCUUCUUAUUUCCCAGACUUAAGCAUCACUUUCUUCGUAGGGCAAUUCGUCCUAGAUAUCGUGCCGUGGUCUCAUCUGAUGACGAGCCAUUGGUAAAUGCGCCCGUUAAUUCAAGGAACGCAACCGAGAGACAGGCCGAUGAAGUCUCGCGACUGACUGUUUGAUUGAAACUGUUACAAAAGAACGUUAAAACUGUAGACCAACAGUAAUACGCCAGUUCCACCGGAUUUUUCUGUCGCGUUGUCGCAGCUUUUGUUAUAUAGGGCUAUAGAGCCGUAAAACAGCUUUUGUUGU